AUGCUGCGUAUUAAGAAUGCAAUCUUGGGGGAUAGUGGGACAACAGAUACUCUUCCCACGGUGACAGAAGGAGAGCCUACUGCCCGUGACCAACUCCCGGCCUUGCUCUCUCCGUCACUUUCAAUUCAUCAGGACAACACACCAGUGCAGGGAGUACCACACUGGCUACGCGAAUUGAACAGAUCCCGUGCCAUGAGACACAGUCGAGCUUCUUCUAUUGUCUCAACGCGCACCAAGUUCUCCACCACCACUCUGCAAGAAGAUGCCCAAAGUAUCGAUAUCAAUGUUGCUGGUCAAUAUUUUCGCAUCAGUCGUGAUGGCUCUCGGAUCACAGUCGACGAGCCUCCACCCUACACUGGCCCUGGUGUGACUGUUCGUUUUGGAAGUGGGCAGACGACUCCUGUGAGUCGUACAAGUGCGCUGAGUGAGGACAUCCGAGGUGACGAUGACAACCUGUCGGAGACAGAGGAUGGGGCCACCACUCCCAGAUCAACUAUAGCACACAUCGGCACAGAAAUACUGGUGGGCGCCAAUAUUCUAGAUCCUUCCGAGUUCGAAAUGCCAUCCCCAGUGGGCCCAGACCAGCUCACGCAUCGGUCGUCAACUAGAACGUUGGUCGGAUCAGAAAGACAGAACGCGUUGAAUGACUCGGAGCUGUCACAGAAUUCCGAUGAAAGUCAGGGCGAUGAGAGAUGGCAGGAAAGGACUCCAACCUCGCGUACCAACCUGCCGCCUCUUAGAGCACCGACAGUGCACUCACUACCAGCCACACCAAGCAGGCGUAUGCGCUUGCCUGCCCUUGUGACAUCCAACAGUACAGGCACCCUACCAACCUCUAUAUCACGUCCUUCCUCCCAGAGGUCUGGUAAUCUACCUGCUCUUCCUGAAACUCGGUCGGCGGGUCCUGUGUUAUUCAGAUCACAAUAUGAACGCGAACCCAGGUCACCAGAUUACAUUGGACAAAAUGCUAGGGGGAUAUUUCCCCCAACACACGGUUCGAGCACUGUUCGAGCAACCACUUUCUUCAAUGUCCCACGAGAGAUCGAAGUGGGUGGUGGACUGAGGACAGGGCGGUCCGACAUUGAGAGUGCCUCUGGAAGCUACACUCCAUUGUCAAUGGACACGGAAAAUGAUAUCAGCAUGCACUAUGCCCGGAUGAUGCGGAAGCUGGAUUACGCUCAUCGCAAGGCAUUGCAUCUCAAAGACAAGGAACUUGCAGAAAUGCGGGAGCGUCUCCAUGAGAAAGACACUGUCCUGAGGCAGCAACUCCGCGCCAAGGACUUUAUGAUUGACGAUCUGAAACAACGACUGAGCAAUCUUGAAGAGAACGUCGAGGUAAUGCUCGAGAAAGCGCGCAAUCAAGUCGAAGAUCUGUGGGAAUGUCGUUGGAAAGACCGCGAUUUUCAUCUCCGAGAACGGAUGCGGAGGAUAGAAGAAGAAGCACAGAAGGUGGUUGACAACAUCAAGCCUCGAAAUGCAAAAGCGGAUGCACAAGAUGCCUCCAAGCCAUCGAUUGUGGCAACUUGA